UUCCUUUAUAUAUUCUGGAAAUUCAUGGAAAUUUGAGUCAUUUUCAACACUUAAUUGGUAUUGAAUUUAUGGAUUUGUGGCUAGGGAUUUUUUUUUUUUUCUAAAGGACAUGGAGGGUGGUGAAGGAGAGAAAGGGUAGGAGGGAACCAGAGUGCAGGGCCUCCACUAGUUUUAAACAUUUGGGAAAGAAAAUAAAAAUUCCCCUUCUUUUCACCCCCCUGUAUACAUCACCUAGCUCUGCUCAUUCUGGCUCUCUGGAGAGAUAUAGGGAGUUAUUUAAGUCUGAGUGAGUGAGCCAGCUACAGCUAUGGAUGGCUAGAGAGAGGAUAAAUACAUCUAGCGAGAUGAGUUGAUGGAUAGGUAGGGAACGAAUAUAAAUAUGGAGAGAGAUGGACGAACAGAGAGAUGGAUUGAGACAGAGAGAAUAUAAAGAGAGGCUGAGGGAGAGAAAUGGAUGCGUGAAUGAGGAGAGAGCAUUUAUGCAGAGAGAUGGAGAGAGGAAUGGGGCGUUUUUCAUCCUCUUCUCCACAUCUCUAUAGUCCUGGCUUGCUCCCUCAAAUGCCAUUUUCCCACCCCUUGCUUAAUGAAUUCUUCCUCUGGAUUCUAGACCCUGCCUCACACCCUUAGGUGUUUUUCCACCCCACCCCACCCCCUCUUCACAGUCAUCCAUUUGGCCCAAGAUAACAUACCUCACCCCGCUGUCCUAGCCCAUCACCCCAAGACAAAUUGGGAGAAGGAAACCCAGAGUGGGAAUUCUGGGCAAAGUAAAGAAGCUAGGUUCCCCACCUCCAGGUCUACAGCCUUGGGGGGAGGCUUCUUUUAGGGGUGGGAAGAUCCAGGGGCAGCUGGGUUGAAUUUAUCCAAAUCUAAUAACCCAGAGCCUAUUGAAGGCCUUGGGGGUUGGGAGGGGAGAAAAAAGUCUUGAAUAUUCUUCAAACUUUCCCCCCCUCUCCCUCUGGUCCCUUCUUUCCAAAAGUCUUUGAAGAAAGAUGUUUUUGACGCUUCCAUGUCGCUCUCAGAUGGAUGGGCUGCCGGUGAUUGAAGUGUCUUUGUCAUGCUAAUGCUUGGGGGCUGAUGGAUGGGCGCUGGGGCUGCCAAACUCUGGCCCGCUUUGCCCAUUGGCCUGGGAGAGAUCACAUGUGCCCCCCCACCCCCACUCCCUACCCCUUUCCUAGGGGAGCGCUGGCCCAGGCGAUCUGGCCCAGGCCAUGGAUGCAAGCCUCAUCGCUGUGACAUACUGCCGAAAGGUUGUAGGGCAAGAGGGUGUCUCCCCGAAAAGGGCCGACCCUCCUGCGGCCUCGACGCAUGGACUAUAAUAGGAUGAACUCCUUCUUAGAGUACCCUCUCUGUAACCGGGGACCUAACGCCUACAGCGCCCACAGCGCCCCAACCUCCUUCCCCGCCAGUUCGGCUCCUGCCAUUGACAGCUACUCAGGCGAGGGCCGCUAUGGCGGGGGACUGCCCAGCCCCGUGCUGCAGCAGAACUCGGGCUAUCCCGUCCAGCAGCCGCCUUCAGCGCUGGGGGUGCCCUUCCCCAGCUCCGCGCCCUCGGGGUAUGCCCCGGCCGCCUGCAGUCCCAGCUAUGGGCCUUCUCAAUAUUACCCUUUGGGCCAAUCGGAAGGAGAAGGAGGCUAUUUUCAUCCGUCGAGCUACGCUGCCCAGCUAGGGGGCUUGUCCGACGGCUACGGAGCGGGUGGAGCCGGCCCUGGGCCCUACCCUCCGCCACAGCCCCCUUACGGGAACGAGCAGACCGCGAGCUUUGCACCGGCCUACGCAGAUCUCCUCUCCGAGGACAAGGAAUCAUCAUCUUGCGCGUCAGAAUCCAGCACCCCCACGGCCCGGACCUUCGACUGGAUGAAGGUUAAGAGGAACCCACCCAAGACAGCGAAGGUGUCGGAGCUGGGACUGGGCGCGACCGGCGGCCUCCGCACCAACUUCACCACGCGGCAGCUGACUGAACUGGAGAAGGAGUUCCAUUUCAACAAGUACCUCAGCCGAGCUCGGAGGGUGGAGAUUGCUGCUACCCUGGAGCUCAAUGAAACGCAGGUCAAGAUUUGGUUCCAGAACCGGCGCAUGAAGCAGAAGAAGCGCGAACGAGAGGGAAGCCGGGUACCCCCAGCUCCUCCAGGUUGCCCCAAGGAGGCAGCCGGAGAUGCCUCGGACCAGUCGACAGGCACCUCCCCGGAAGCCUCGCCCAGCUCCAUCACCUCCUGAACUGAACUUUCCCAUCCACCCCUGGAGAGCCCUAGUCCAGCCCCCCUCUUGUCCUUCUCCAACUUCACUGCCCUGGUGAUCCUUACCAAGACUAGGACACCAGUUUAGAUGGAGAGGGAAGAUUUUUCUCAGAUCUAGGAAAGGGGGGCUUGAUGGCUUGGGGAUCAGGACUGGGGGCCUGAGAAAUACCCAACCUGUCAAAGGUGGAGGGACUGGAUGGGCUUCCCCCUGACUUUGAUCUGGGGAUCCACUCAAGCAUGAGUAAGGGCGAGAGCCAGCCCAUCUUCAUGGGUUCUCCUUUCCCUUCUAACUUUGGUCUAUUCAGUUCAGUGCCUUUAAGCUUUGAGGAUGCUCCUUAUGCACUCUUAUCCUAACUUCCCUUUCUAGGCUUGGGAUAGAGAGAAGGCCUUGGAUUUUCUUAUAUGGGGGUAUUUGAGUGCAGAUGUAUUAUUAUCAGCAACCCUUAAUCUCAAUCCUUAAUACGUCACCCACAGACUACAAUAGCACCAGCUCCCUUGUGACAGACCAAAAAGACGCCCAUCUAGCCCUGUUAACCCUCUCCUGGCACACGUGUAUUGCACUAACACAGUCUCCAGAGGUUGUUUUCUGAGACCUGCCUCCUCCAAUUAACGACCUCAUUACUAAGUCACCAAAGUGUUUUGGAACUUGGUAUGUCGGAGACUUCUGGAAUACUGUGCAAGGCCUGCCCUCAGCAAGCCUCAACCAGGAAGGCACAGGCAUGCCCCCACUACAUUUCCCCUAUUUAUUGCCUCCUGGAAAACCCAGGAAUCUCUUUCUCAUCUCCAUCACUACCCCUGGGGGUCUUCCCUCACCUCCCUAUCCCAGGGAGGAUCAGGUAUAGUGAGAGCUCUCAGCAACUGCAAGCAUUUCUCUGACCUUUGGAGAUAUCAUUUCUCUGAACCUUGGAGAUAGUGGAGACACCAUUUGAGUUUCUGGAAAACUGAGCACCAAACAAGUCAGGUUCUCUCUGUACCUCUA